AUGCUAGCGGUUGCCCUCCAACCGCUCCAUGCGGUCGCCGUCCUCCUCGGCCUCAGCCUAGCCACAACCUCCAUCCACGUCCUCGCCGCCGACCCCCCCUCCCAAGACACCGGCAACAACCCCAUCGUCAAAGACCCCAUCAACAACCUUUCCUACCGCGGCACCAUCACCACCCUCCCCUCCUCUUCCUCAGCAAACCCCAAAGUGCAAAUCGAACACUACCUCAACAUCCGCUUCGCCUCCGCCCCUCGCUUCUCCCCACCCACCCCCUUCCUUUACCAGUCCGGCUCCCUCAUCGACGCCACUCUCCCAGGUCCAGCAUGUCCCCAAUCCCUCCCCGCCAUUCCACCUUUUUUCGCGGAAACACACGCCAUAAGCGAAGAUUGCCUAAACCUGCGCAUUUCCCGCCCGGCCGGCACAGCUCCAGAUGCAAACUUACCGGUAGUCGUGCAUAUCCACGGCGGCGGGGUGGUCAAGGGCAGUGCGUACGAUCCACAUUUUGAUCCCGAUCGCCUUUUGUCUCUAUCAGUCGAGCUAGGGGAACCGAUAAUCUACGUGGCUAUUAACUACCGGUUAACAAUCUUUGGGUUUCCUCGUCUUCCUGUCUUGAAAAAGCAAAAGGCGCUAAACCUAGGGAUGAGAGACCAGCGCGUUGCGUUGGAGUGGGUUCGUGACAAUAUCGUGUACUUUGGCGGGGACCCUUCGAGGGUAACGGCCUUUGGCCUCAGUGCGGGAGGGACAUUUACCAGUUUACAAAUGGUUGCGUAUGCAGGGGAAAAGGGGGCGCCGUUUACUAGGGCGUGGAUGAUGAGUGGACCGCCGGGGACGGCGCUGAAUAUGACUGAGGAAAAAGAGACGGAGAGGCAUACGAGGAAUGUGGCGGAACGGGUGGGGUGUAUUUUCAAGAAACCAGAGGAUGACGAAGACUUGCUGAGUUGUUUGCGAAACGUGCCCAUGGAGGAACUAACAGAAAAAGCGAUGGGGUACUCGGUUGAGAAUCAUCCGCCUGCUGGAUUAUUUACUUUUAUUCCUUCCGUUGAUGGGGACUUUAUACCCGAGAGACAGUCGGUUUUGUAUCAGAGUGGGAGGGUUGUCAAAGGAAUCCCAACAAUCCUCUCCUGGGCUCAAGACGACGGCGCCACCAACGCCGGCCCUGCCCCCCUUUUCGUUUCCGAAGAAUCCAUGAUCCCCGCCCUUACCUCCUUCCUCGGCCACUCCAUCCUUUCUCCCUCCGACAUCUCCACCCUUUUCUCUCUAUACCCCGAAUCCGAUUUUCUUGAAGAAUACCAGUCCUACCUCUCUCGAAAAUCAGACACAGAUCCAGAAGCACCAAUCCACUACUUCCGCAUCUCGCGCAUCCUACGAGAUAUACUUUUCACUUGCUCGAGCAUUGACUUUGGGCAUCACCUCUCGCGCGCAUCUUACUCUGAAGACCCCGAUUUUGCUGGGGUGCGGCUGUACACUUUGAAUCAGAGCAUGUUGACCCCCCUUUUCAAGGGGGCGGGCAUGCCGUGGUUGGGAGCGGUGCAUGGGAGUGAUACGAAUUAUAUCUUUAAUGGAGUGUUUCCUGAAUUUGGUGAUGCUUGUUCUGAGGAAGAUGGGAAGUUGGCGAGGGAGAUGGCGGGGGCUUUUGUUAGGUUUGCUGCUAGUGGGGAUCCCAGCCCCAAGGAAAAGGGAAAGAGAGAAAAUGAAGACGAGGGGUGGGUGUGGCCUGAGGCGUUUGGCGGGCGUGAACUUGAAGAUGGAGUUGAGGCUAAGAGAGGGAUGGAAGAGCUACGCGGGGUCAAUGUGCAUGUUAUUGGCGGGCCGGUCGGCACGGGGAGUUGUAAGGUUAGACAUCAUGGCUUCGUGGCUGACGGAGAAGAUCUGGGAAGCAUGCAGAAGCCGAUUGUGGGUGAGGGAGUGGAGUAUAGGGAGAUGGGAGGGAAGGAUGACGUUGAAGAGAAGGCCAAGAAGCCGAAGCAGCUGAGAAGGAAGAGGGAGGCGCUGUUGGAGAGGGAGAAGUUGCUUAAGCGGUGUGCUUUCAUCAACACCUUGAACGAGAAGCUUGGUGUUUGA